UGAUAAGAGGCAUGACAGUAGGGCUAGCUCAUGUUACCUGACAUUAGAAUUAAAAAGUAUUAAAAAAAACAUAAAUUCUAAAUUUAACCUGUAAUAUAGGCUGUCGCCCUGGUGUCAGUGUUCUCUCCGUAUUUUGUGGUUGUUUUCUGUGUGUCUGUCGUUGUUAUGCUGACCUGAGUUAGCCAACAAGGUACAGGAAGCUAACCUUAGCAUGCUACCAACGCCGGUGAAAGUUACCUUCACACAAUUAAGACAUAAAUACGAUGUAAAAACUUUGCAGUUUUCUGAGGAGUGAGAGAAGCUUCUUGUAUAACGGAGCUAAUGCACUAAAGGCAAAUACAGAUAAAUAUUCAUUUCAGAUACAGCGAAUCCCAUUGAGAAAUCAGUCAAUUUACAGACUCAAAUUACACUGUAUUAUAAAGGCGAAUGUCGAUUCAUCGCCGUGAAUUCUUGGGAAAACGUCUGAAAUUUGACUUGUUAACAAGAGCAGACAGUCUGUUUUUGCUGGCCGAAUGAAAAAAGUCACGGUUUUAAGUACAUUUUGUCGUUAUUUGUCGCAGUUGUUCAAGAAGCUGUUGAACUUUGUCACAAUGCGACGACUUUUGACAAGAGUGAUAAACCGAGUUUUGCUCAGUGAGCCGUUUACGCCAGCGAUGGGCAUCGAAGCAGAAAUACACUCACACGGCCGCCGAAAGCUGGUGGUGGGGCUGGGUAACCCGGGGAUGGAGGGUACCAGACACAGCAUCGGCAUGGCGGUGCUGGGCGCUCUCGCCUCCAGGCUCGGUGUGGCUGACCGUUGGCGCGGCGACAAGAACGUGUCCGGUGAGGUCAUCGUGUCAGAGGUCCAGCACACACACGUGGUGCUGCUCCGUCCCAGGCUGCUGAUGAACGUCAACGGGGUGUCGGUGGCCAAAGCAGCUGCUAAAUACGGCAUCAAGCCUGAAGACAUCCUGCUGGUCCACGAUGAACUGGACAAACCUCUGGGGAAGAUGAGCAUCAAACAUGGGGGAAGUGCCAGAGGUCAUAAUGGAGUCCGCUCCUGUGUAGACUGUCUUCACACGGAUGUGAUGCUCAGACUUCGGGUUGGGAUCAGCCGGCCGACGGGGAAAACGUCGGUGGAGCGCCACGUCCUGGGCCGGUUCUCCUCAGAGGAGCAGAAGGUUCUAAACUCUGUUCUGGCCCAGAGCGUGGACCUCCUCCUCUCUGAGCUCUCCCACAAAGACUCCCAGCAGGACUCCCAGUCCCCCUCCUCACCAGCAGGGGGCAGACAAGCAGCACAGAAGAGAAAGGACAAGGAGCGCUCAGCGUCUCCUGCUGUGGACUCUGCUGCCGCUCAGAGCUGAAACUCAAAGUUUCUGAACUGUCAUCAAACACACAGCUGCCUCGGGGAGGAAACACGUCACAGGAUGAAACACGAGAGGAAAAGGUUCAUCGUGAGACUGUUUAUUCUCCAGUGUCCGUUUAAAAGACACAACACAGAUCUAAACUAAUCUAUACAUGAAAAGACAGAACAGAUUUCAGGCAGAUGUGGCAGAAGGUUUGAUCUGUGCGGAAGGUGUCAUAAGAAAUGAUUAUGACAUUACAGGAAGUGACAUGUUUGAAACAUGCUGCUGUUUUCUCACAAGUUACUGUGUGUGAACAGAAGAAAAACGAUCCGGUGCAUUCAUCCCCCGAUGAAUACAUGAUGUCAGCACGUGUCUGAAGCAGAUCCUGAAGCAAACGAAAAGAUUUCCAGAGAUUUCCUGAACUUUGUGCAUUCAUCGGGUGGAUCCUGCCUGAGGAUGUGAGUUUCUAACAGCAGCUAAAUUUCACUGCUUACGUCCCCGAGUCCUUCGCUCAGCAUCACUUAAUGAAGGACUUUGCUCCUGGUCCUGGACCUGCUCGUUCAGUAUGGACCUGUCUGGUUUUCAGCUCGUUCUGACGUUUUUUUUAAACUGACACUUCACCAGAUUAUUUCAGAUGUGUUCGAACAUCAGCAGUUUUUAAAGACUGAAAACGUUCUGCUCUCCUGUUCUCAUUUAAUUGGUUUUCUUUUAUUUGAUUCAUGAUGGAAUAUUAUUUAAAUAUUUAAUUAAAUAUUAACACUUUCUGUGCUCGUACAUUUUGUUCUUCUUUCAGUGUCUACAGCUUUAGAUCCAAAUUUUAAUUUCCUUAUCAACAUUAUAAGCGUUUAAGAGUUAAGGGGUCAAACCUCUGAGCCUAGAAUCACAUGUUACUCGUUCUUUUGUCCUUUGCGUGAUCAUGAUGCUGUUCUGUGGGACAGAAGAUGUCCUCGGGCGUUUUAAUUUGUUUGUGGGAGCCGUUAAUUUCUUAUUCCAAGCCUCAGUAUGAAAGUAAAUGCUCAGAGCAGCAGCACCAGUGGAUGUACUGUACUGAUGUGUGUGUAUGUUAAGUGUGUAAGUUAAUAGACUGACAAGAAGUCAGUAAUUAAA